AUGUCCACGCCCUCGAGUUCCGCUGCAAACACCGUGACAGGCGCUGCCAAUGGACCUCAGCACGACUCUGCAUCGCACGACCACUCGACCAAUGGCAGCCAGAACGGCCUCGACAACAGUUUGGACUCGUCGACCAAGGCUCCCAAGGACCGCAGCUGCCCGUUUUGCAACCAAGCCUUCACCUCUUCAUCCCUCGGCCGUCACCUGGACCUCUACAUCAAGCCCAAGAAUCCCAAGCCGGCUGAUGGCAUCCACGACGUCGAAAAGAUCAAGGUCAUGCGAGGCGGCAUUACGAGACGCCAGCCGAGAAACAGUCUGAGGGCUAGUGCAAAUAACAACAGCAGGCUCCAACACGACGACGACGGCGCCAGCGACCGCGGCACCCCCACCGGCCAAUGGGGUCGUCGUAUGACCAUCUCGUCCCAGGACACGGCCGGCGGUGCCUCGAGCGCCAUGGGUGUCAGCCCCGUCAAUCUGCGCGACUCCCGCUUCGGCCUCAACACUACAUCCUGGCAGAGCACUGGUGUCAUCAACAACCUACCGCCACGCAUGUCCGAUUCCUCGUCGUCCAACCACAUGAACCCUGCCCUCGUCCAGCGCUCCUCGCAAGCCAAAGACCAAGAAUCUCAAGACAAUGCAAAGGCUGCCGAGUUGGCUCUACGUGAGUUGCUCGACAGUCUCGAGGCUGCCAGACGCCGCGUGUCACACCAAGACGUCUUCAACUUCGACUUUUGCUCCAUGAACUUUCCCUCGCUCUGUCUGCAUGCGCUCCCCGCUCCUCAAACCCUUUUCUCCAUGACUCCAUUCGCCAGCAGCGAGUCGUGGUCCCUUGACGUUCCCUCCGAUGCCCAGCUCGAUGCUCUACAACGCCAAAUCACCCAACGUGUCCAACAAAAGCCUACUCCUACCCCCGAAAAAGAUGUCCGCAGGUUACAAAUGCAUCUACAGGCUGCUUGGAACAACUGGUCGCCUCUCUCGGACAAAGAUAAGAGCUCGACUUGGGGGAUUGAGAUCUUGCGUGCCUUUGCUCGUGCCGAUCAGCGUUCAAAAGAGAAGGAUGAAGAAUUGGUCAAGGCACAACAAGAAAUUGCCCAGCUCAAGGAGCAGUUUGCCCGCAUGAGCAAUCUCCAGCUGCCCCGCGAGUUCAUGCUGCAGCCUCCCGUCUCUCUGCCCCUCGAUCCUGCUAUCGUCUCGGACAUGAUGACCAAGGAUCAAUCUCGCGAUUGGGACUACGAUCGUAUGAUUGGCAGAUGGAGAGGUGCUGUCAAGGCUGGCAAGCUCGGUGGUGCUGCCGUCACCCUUGUACCCUCGCCAAACGAGCAGGCUGCCAUCUCAACCCCAUCGGGCCCCUCCGCUGCCUCGACAAGAAGUAUUCAGCCCGCUACAGCUCACCUACCUGCAACUUCCCCCUACGAUACCAGGACAACCCAUACGCCUCUCCAGAACGGACAUGCAUCUUCUCAUGCGGCCGCUCCUCGUCAAAUUGGUGCCCACCAGAUUGAUGACGACGAAGACGCUGAUGCUGAUGCAGACGCUGACGCUGACGCCGAUGCUGAUGCCGAUGCCGACGGCGAGGAUGCCCCCAUGACCAACGCACCCUGGGGUUCUCACCCUCAGCACAGCUUCACUGACACCCACAUGGGUGGCAUGACCAACGCCAAUGGCAAGCGUCCUCCUCCUCCCUUCGAUCGUUCCAACUCGAAGAACUCGAAGUUGUACCACGAUAGCCCACUUCCUUCCGAUACCGACGUCUUUGGGGCACGCGUCGCCGGUCAGGUCUAG